AAUAUAAUCGUUUUUUUUGCCUAAAAGCAGAGGCCCAGAUCUUUAUUGUGAUAUAUAGCAUCUUCAUAUAUUCAUGGAAGAAAAUAUUCUGCGGGCCAUUAAAGUUUAGCGAAAAUCGUCAAAAACCCUGGCAGUGGCUGGCAACUUUUUUUUAAAAACGCUGGCGGGGAAAGAGUUAAUAUUUGUUGAAAUCUUCAAAAAAUGCCUCUGCAAUCUGGGUACAUUUUGUUCUCUGGGCGUAGGCUUUGAGUUGCCUAUCUCAGGUGCAUGUGUUUCUGUAAUUAUGUGUGUUUUGUUUUGAUUAGCUUGCCUGAAAGGGCGAGUCAAUCAAGGACAGAUAAUGUUUUUGCGAUCGUGAGAUGUUAUCUGCAGGGUGGAUGCAGUUUACCUCCAGCUAUGUGAUUGCCACUCUUUUGUAAUAUCAGAAGAGGCUCUUUUAAAGUCCUGUGCCUUGCUCUUCCAAUGUGCAAUGCCAAAAAGUGACACCUGGCCAGGGGGCAUUGCCAUGGAAUCUGUGACCGGUAUGGACAGUGCUGGUAGCCGUGAUAGUAUGGUCAGCAUCAACUCUGGCUUUAGUGAUGAUAGUUUUGGACACCUUUCCGCUGAGGAGAAAGCAACCCUCAUGUACCUAGAAGAGACCAUUGAGGCUCUGGAGGUAGAAGAUGACAGCGGUUUGUCUAGCGAUGAGCCUGAUCGCUCAUCUCAUGACCUGGCAGGAAAAAAUAUUAAUCAACCCUCCAUCGACCACAGCAAACCUGAGGAGCUGUUAGCCCAUGAGGACCCAAACCAAGUCAUGGGAAGAGAUCACAAACCAUCUGAGAAGUACCUUGUGCCAGUUCCAUUACUCCUUGCCAGUGGUAAUGACAAACUGACCAGUAGACCUGUUGAAUCAUCUCCCAAAGAACAACCUGUGGCUAUUCUUGAUGUACCUGAUGGGUUCAGAUCACACUCUUACCAUCAGCAAACUGGACAGGCAGUUUCAGAAGGAACUGCUUCUUCCAACGUAGUUACAGCUAAACCAAGCAUUGGAUUAUCGAGUGAUGUGAUUGACUUGCCACCUUCUUUCAUACCUGAACCACCAGUUAGAACAAAUUUGCCCAGUGACUCAAACUCGAAAGAGAGUUCUCCAAAGAGUUUGGAUGUCAAGUCACAACAGAAGCCCCAGAAAGCUUCCUCAAAGAUUCCGGUGGGUUUCAUUCCACCACCGUCAGACUUCACGGAUGAACCAGCAGAGAGGAGCGCCACAACACAUUAUUCACCACUGCCAACACCCGUUUUCGAUGAGCCACCAGAAUGGACUCCUGAACUCCCAAAAACAAAGCCAAAACCUGGUGUUGGACUAGAUGAGCCUGCUGAGAUGAGCAAAUCCCAAAGUUUUGAGCCAGAAACCUCAAGAGGACCACUGUUUCACAAUGACCUUGAGAAUUUGCGCAAGAAGGCCUCCAUGAAGAAAGCGCCUCAUUUGACACCGUUAAUGGUAGGACAACAUGCUUCCGCAGAUAAACCGAUGACACCUUCAACAUCUUCAGAACAUGUACCUGGAGUGCCAAAAGAGUACAGUGACCCCAAAAGCCCACCAGUUGUGGCUCCCAAACCCAAGAAACUGCCGUCUAAUAUCAUUCUCAAAAGCCACAAAGAUACAGGUGCAGCACACUCUUUAUUACCACAGAGUGACCGUACUCCGCUUGAUCCACAGAAGACACGAAUGGAAGCAUUAAGAAAAUUAGGCCUGCUGAAGAGUGAGGAAGUCGUUUCCGUGCCCAAUAUCUCUUCUAAUCGAUUACCAACAUUCAAAGCUAAAGAUACCCCAAUUUCCUCCAAUAACCCAAGCAUUUACAUGGGAGCACCCAAGGCAGAACCAGUGCAGGACUCUAGACAAGCUGAAAGUCCCAUACCAGGAGUGGUGCAGUCACAAAUAGACAUGCCAAAACUCAUAGACGCAGCAAGUAGGGAAGGUUCUAUAAAGAAGCAACCAUCAAUACCCUUUGAGGUCAAAUCAGCUUCUCUGGAGCGAUCAGGUGUCGGUCUAAGCAGCAUUGUCAUUGAACCCACCGCACAGGCAAAAACUUCAGACAAGACCAAUAUUGAGCGGCGAUCAGGUGUAGGUCGGAACAGCAUCAUUGCUGAACCGACCCUACAGGGAACAAAUACAGACAAGACCAAUACUGAGCGGCAGUCAGGUGUAGGUCGGCACAGCAUCGCCAUGAAACCAACCUUACAUGCAGCAAAUCCAGACAAAACCAAUGUUGAGCUUUCGCCAGGUCAGUUACGAAAGAACCAAAGUCAACCUCCUUCUGCAGGAAGCGCAAAGGACUUCGGUAUUGGCCAUCCAGCUGAUGAUUCAAACAAAUCACUUCAUGCUGCUUCAGUUCAGCCUUCACAGCCAGGUAACAAUUCCCAAAAGUUGCCACGCUCCAAUGGAAUAAGCGUUCUGAUUACACCACAUGGUAAAAAUGGCGAGAACCGACAAGAUGCCUUGAAGAAACUGGGAUUACUGAGGAAAUAAACACUUUGCUAUCUGCCUUUCUCUAAAUUCUGUACUUCUGGGUACAGAAUUCACAACUCUGGGUACAAGGAUCGUUAGCAUUGUACAACAGAAUGUUAAAUUGGGUUUGACAUAAUAUGGACAUUAAGACAUAAUUGAAAGGACCUGCUAUAGUGGAGUUUAUUUCUGGAUCGUCUGCAAUAGUGGCACUUUUGGUUUCAUCUUGAUGGUUGAUUUGCACCCUAUGCUACCUGCUUAAAUAAUCAUCACAACAUAGCUAGUUGUUUUAGUAAGAAAGGUAAGGAAAUUAAUGUAAACAUCAUUGCAUCAAAAUGAAAUCAAAAUGGACUUUAUUCACUUUCUGAAGGCAUGUCCCUGGUCUUAUGCACAAUUCAACCAUGUAUGUUAUUUAAAUGAGAAAGAAAUUCUUUCUUCAUCAUAUUUAAACAAAAUGUAAUAACGUUCUCCAGCGCUGAAUCGUCUUUCAUUUUUGGUUGACAUCACAUCGGUCAUGUAGGCUAUUGGUUAAUGUUGACCAAUCGCAAAAUAGCUAUUUAGGCGUUGUUAUAGACCUUUCUUAAUCUUGCCAGUAGUUUAUGUAGUAAUUUAAUGCCAGUUAAUGUUAAAGGUGUGCUGUAAGCGAUUGUUUUUCAUGGAAAGCGUUUUGCGCAUUCUCAUAGUAUUGUAGUUGCAGCUAAUUAUUGAGGCAUAAUGCCAUUUUUAUGCCAUGUUACUCAGACCAGUUGUCAUACCUGUCAACAUUUGGGUAACAAAAUCUGGGAGACCUCUGGGGGGGUUGUGCUAAAUACUUACAAAUUGUGACGUUGUGAUUUAAUGUGCUGAGUAACAUCAUUUUUCCCACUGUGUCCGAUAUUAAAAUUAGUGCGACACACUUUGCAAAAGGCGUGGCCAUUGUCGAUAUUUCUUCGAGGUAUGACAUUAAAUUCCUCCGUUCAGCUGUUGUUAUAUUUACAUGUAUAUUUAGGUUUUUUUUGCCAGAGCACUACCUAAGUCUUCUCCCAUCUAUCAGUGAUGCUUGAUUCAACUUCCCGCGUCUACUACCAGUGCAGAUAUCAACAGCUCAACUGGGCUGUAGGUUGUCCGGUUGAGGUCACAAAUGGGUUGGAAUUUUUAGGAAGUGUCGAUUGUGUGAGUAGGAUUCGUUUCAUACAAGUUCUAUCGGGAAGACAUGCAGGCUUGAGUGAAGUUUGAGAUGCCAUUUAUUUGAUAGAUGUAAAACGGGAGGUGAUGUCUCUCUCUUUGGCAUAGGCCCCGUCCGGCAGUCCGAGGUAGUUGUACCCGGAACCAUCAUGUCCUGCCGGAGAUAGGAGGCAGGGGCGAGGAGCCUACCCCCCUGCGGGACAGGGCUCAACUGGUGGUGGUGGGGUGGAGGAGGUUGCAGUGUUGCACACCGAAACAGCAAUGUGAUAGGUUGUGAGCAGACUUAUAAAGCAUUGGCUUACGUGCGAUUGACUAGGAGUUACCCAGCUAAUGAUGCGAUGAUGUGCACCUGCUGGUCUUCCCGCUAGAACUAUGGGGCGGGAAAUGGGUGUGAAAUAUGGGAGACUCCCGGGAAAAAUGAGAGUGUUGACAGGUAUGCCAGUUAUCAGUUAAGUGCGCUCUUUUGCUGCUGUUGUUUUUGACAACCGUUUUUGCUUGUGUCGGUCUCACUAAAGCUCAUUUGGUAUCUUUGGAGUAUGGGAUUUUGGAAAAAAGUGAGCGUGGCUAAUCCAACGGCUCAUCUUGACAGCUUGUGGAAAUUCUAGGUCUAAAAUCGCUUACAGCCCCUUUAACACUCAAAUCUCAUCUCUGGUGUGUAUCAUUUUUGAAUGGUGCUGUAAACACCAUAUUAAAUAAACAUUUUUAAUAAAGCUGCUAAUCUUGAAAAUGAACAGACUAUUGAUGAAUAAUGAGUCAAGAAUUUUACUCUUCUACAAUUUUAAUAAUGUGGCAUUAUUUAUGAGGGGUUCUUAAAGAAUAGAAAUUUGGACUAUACUGAGGAAAAAGAAACGAACGUAAAGAUAAAAUCACUCUUUUAGAUUUGGGAGGUAAAUGGGUAGUUGGCAUGCCUAGAUGUGUGACAUUCGAUAAUAAACAGCAUUU